UAGGUUUUUACUUUUGGUUUUGGCAUUAUCCUCUUUGAUCUUCGCCCUCCUCCUCUCCUCGGCUUUUCCUUGCAUUGCAUUCUGAGACUCGAACAAGAACCUGAACCUUCAGAUCUCCUGCCGUCCUAAGUGCUCGGUGAUCGAAUCUCACCAUCUCCUCCGUGCUAGCACUCGGCACCGUGACUAGCUCUUCCUCUCAAGCUCUCAUCGAGCCCUCGGAACUUUGCUGCUGUUCUCUCCAUUGUGUCUCCUAUCUUGAGCAGAAAGAAAUGGCGAUUUUUAGAGUUGCAGCUAGAUCGUUAAAUGGCUGUUUGUCGCGCCAAUUACAUCAGACUAAUUUUCCAGAUGUCUCUCAAUAUGGUCAAAUAUGGAUUUGGAAUCCCCCCUUAUUUUGACUCCUGAUAGUCUGAUCAGAAGCAAGCUUUCCUCUACUUCAACAACAGGAAAUGGACCUAAUGACCAGCAGACUAAUAAUUCUGCUGAGUCUGCUGAGGAAUUUGGGCGUCGGAUAUUUGGCAAUAAUCCUAGCAGCAAUUCCAAAGUUGAUGCUCUUUUCCAAAAGCUUGAUGAUCUGGGUGGGGGUCGUAGCAAGUCAAGUUCUAGAACUGAGAUGUUGAAUGAUCUGGGUGAAGGUUUUGACACAUUAACUGAUGGAAUGGAUGGAAAACUGGAGAAGGCAGCCAAAUACUUUGAAUAUGAUUCUGAGGAAAUAGAUGAAGAUGGUUAUUCUUUUCGAUAUGAUAUGAGUUUUGGGCGAGCUUCAACAUAUAAUAUUAAGGAUCUUGAUCUUACAAAACCAGCUGCAACAAAAAUUGCCAAUGACGAUGAGUUUGCAGUAACCACUGAAGAAGUUCUCAGAAAAGCAGAUUUCAGGAACGUAAGAUUCCUUGCAAACUUCAUAACACCAGCUGGAAUCAUUAUCAAGAGGAGCCAGACUGGCAUAAGUGCGAAGGCUCAAAGGAAGAUCGCCAGGGAGAUUAAAACUGCACGAGCUUUUGGGUUGAUGCCCUUCACAACAAUGGGGACGAAGGCAUUUAUUUUUGGUAAAACUAUGGAGGAUCUCGAUGAUGAUUACGUGUCUCGGAGUUAUGAUACCUACAUGGGCGUUAAUAUGGAAGAUCCUUGAGUCAGAGAUAUGGUUAUAAUGUGAGGUUAAAGUAACCUCCGUUGCUCGACAUGACUUUCUAGGGAAAAAUAUCCUGCCCCUUCCCUCUUCCUCAACCCAAGAGACAGCUUUUUUCAGGGAAUUUUGAUAAACGGGCACAAGCUGCUUGUGUAUUUAUUUGUAUUGUUUAUUAAAGCCAGCCGUUGACUUUGUUUGAGAAUUUGUCAUGGUUCAGCUUCUAUGUAAAUUCAGGUCGGGUCACAAUGUGAAUGCAGGCUUUUGGCAUGUCAUCGCCUGUGAUCAAUCUAGAAGCAGGCUGUCCGUCUUUCAGUGAAUAUAGUUUAUGAUAUCUUUUUCAGGCUGUUAUUUAUUUAGUCUGCAUAUCUUUAGUAGAUUAAGGAACUUCUUUCA